AUGGAUCGUCACGUAUAUGAGCGUUUGGCGAGUAUACACGCGUAUCUCCAGUCUCUCUCGCAGUGUCGGCAAGACCUAUUACAGGUUGUUAUCGCUCUGGCUUCGUCGUGUAAGUGGUCACUUGCAGAUCGUGUGGACUCCACAAACCUCGCUUCGAGAACCAUUGUAUCACGUGGGAUUGGCCAUCGAAGCUUGGCGUUCCAUCACAGCAUUGAUCACUUGUUGGUGCGUUUCGAUUUGCCCGAAGCGGCUAGCCACAUUCACAGCUGGAAGCAUCGCUGGGAUUGGGACCACCUAACGGAGCUGAACGAUUUCGACACCAUGCUCCAGGAUCCGGAAUAUUUUGCUGGUCUCCGAGACGAAGAGGAACGGAUUGAAGUCGCUACACUGCUUGCCUUUGAAAUCGAUCGACGCAGAGGUCUUAGCGGUGAUGCGGCGAUUCCAGUUCUUCCACGUUGGCAUGUUCCUUGGCAUGAGAUCGAUGUACGUGGAUACAUCAGCUCCGGGUCGUUCGGAUCAGUGCAUUGUGGCAAGUGGUUCGAGGCAGAUGUAGCAGUGAAACUAUUGUUCCAAGCUGACAAGGCGGACUUUUUCCACGAGAUCGACGUGUGGUUUUCGCUAAACCACCCUAACGUGGUCAAGCUCUUCGGAGCGUGCCAUGUUGGAACCCCAUUCUUUUUGUGCGAGUACGCGGAGAACGGAACUCUUCCCCAGUUCGCUCGUGAUCAAAAGUGGCAGGAUUGGAUUCCGGGCUAUUCGCUAUUCGGUCGCCCGCGCAACCCAGUGUGGGCUGCGCUGUACAACGCAGCGAAGGGACUCCAGCAUCUACACCAGCGUGGAGUAAUUCAUGGAGACCUCAUGGGGAAUAACAUUCUAGUGGGCGCCGAUCGGAAGGCCAAACUGACCGAUUUCGGUCUCAGCGUGUUCGCUCAGAACCUGAACCCCCAAGCUGCCGAGCCCGUCGGUGCAGUGCGCUGGAAAGCACCGGAGAGACUAGGAAAAGUUGACAGUGGACCGUCCUUCAAGUCCGACAUUUUCUCGUUUGGAAUGUUCAUCGUGGAGCUACUGAGUGGCCAGUUACCUUGGAUCAAUAUUGGGCUUGAUGCUGGUGUUCGACAAGAGGUGUUACGAGGGAAACUCCCUCACCGCCCACCUCAAUUCGCAGAUGAUGAAUGGAACCUCGCGCGCCGAAUGUACUGCUUCGAUCCGUCUGAAAGGAUCGACAGUUUCUCUGUGGUGAUGACACUGCGCUCUUACGUCGGAAGGCUAGCCUAA